GAGGGACAGUGGAUUGCGGUGGAUUGGUGGACGAGUGCCACCGAAGGAUCUCGUAGGAAGUGUCAUGAACUGAGCGGGAUGUCAGGUGCCGUGGUUGACCCUAGGCAUUGCGUUUCUUGAUCAAACUUCUUUAUUGCCUCGCAUCGAUUUGGUGAGGGUAUUUGUGCCCAAAUCAAUGUCGUUUGCAGUGUACUUGUUUUCCAUGUAACGAAGAGCCAGAAAAACACGCAACAUGGCUGAAGUCGAAAAAAUAGAAACCACUCUAGAUUUAUCAAAACAGGGUUUGAAGAAACUUACCAAAGUACAACCUCAAGACACAGCAGGUGUUACUACAUUGAUUCUUGAUUACAAUGAGCUUCAAAGAUGGGAUAACAUUGACUGUUAUUCUAGUCUUAAAAAGUUAUCUGCUUCUCACAAUCAACUUCUGCGAAUGUAUGGUGUUUCACGCCUUCACCACCUUUGCUCAUUGAACUUGUCAUAUAAUAGUAUUCUUACCAUAGAAGGUUUGAAAGAAUUAGUUCAUUUAAAGUGGUUAUGUUUGGCUUCAAAUAAUAUCAAGACUAUUGAACAUCUUCAUACUAAUAUACACUUGGAACAUUUGGAUUUAUCUGAGAAUAGUAUUACUCAUAUAGCAGAUGUGUCGUUUUUGAAGAAUCUCAAACAACUACUCUUGCAUGGGAAUAGGAUUUCACAGCUGCGUCAGUGUGACCGUCAUUUACCUCCUGGCCUUACAAUACUCACUCUUGCUCACAAUAAUAUGGGUGAUCUCAAUGACAUGUCUCAUCUGGCGCACUUGACUAACCUGCGUGAGUUUUCAAUCGCUGGAAACCCAUGUGUCAACAUGACUGGAAGUUCUAUUAGUGGCUUCGAUUAUCGUCCAUUUGUCAUUAAUUGGUGCAUGAGCCUAAAGGUGAUAGAUGGUUAUGUGGUGGAUGCUAUUGAAAGUUUGAAGGCAGAAUGGUUGUACUCUCAAGGGCGAGGAAGGCAGUUUCGUGCUGGAGAACAGCAAGCUCUAGCUCAAUACCUAGCUGGCGUUUGUCCUCUGUCUGGUGACACACUUCAGACUGAAGAAGAGCGCAAACUCCGUUUAAUUCUGAGCAAGGCACAGCAACACCAACAAGCUCUUAGAGAUCAAGUCACAACGAAUGGCACUGGUCGUCCACGCUCACAAAUACUAAAUCGUAGUCAAUCUUCACCUGCUCCUUCUCCAGCUGCACGGAGAAGAGUUGGCAGCUUCAGGAGUUCAACUGCUCGAGAUUCAAAAUUUCCUCUUCCUGAGCAAGCAAAGUCUCCUGAUCGAAUGGUUACUAGCUGCCAAGGUGUGGCUGCAGUAGUGGGUGAUCCAGAUCCACCUGAUGUACCACAGCUUAUGUCUCAGAGUCUCGAUCCAUCCCUUCUGUUCAGUACUGGUAAUCUAUCUAAAGACAGCAGUAGCAGUGAACAGAAUAGUGUUCAAGCUAACCAGAGCCAGGAAGACAGUUCUUCUUCUGAAAUAAAUUCUGGUGGAAAUUGCCCUUUGCAAGCAGCCUCCAAGUUAGUUCCUGUCCCAGAAUCUCUAAUGAGUCCAGACUACCGUCCAGUAAAUCCUGUAGUGAACAGAGUCAUGAGACCCCGAUCAGGUACUGUAGGUCAUACAAAUGGACAUCAUUCGGCACCUGUAUCAACUCGUCAAACGGGAAGUGUGCAUAGUUCUCCAAAAAUGUGCAGAAGUCUGCAUGCUAGUCCUAGGCAGCGUGCUCGAUCUGCCAUUGAACCUCGUGGUGUUCAUUCCUUGCAACAACAUUCAUCUCAUAGUCAUGGUCAUGGCCAUAGACAUGGAACACGAAAGCUUUUUGGCCAUGAACCUACAAGUAGCGACGAGGACAGUGAAAUGUCUGCUUCAAAACUAGAAACCAUCCGACACCGAGCUCAGGAAAGGUGGCAGCGUAAAGAAGGUGCAGCCCCAGCGCCAACCAAUGCAACUCCUGCUGUGGCUGCUGAAAAUGCUGCUGUAGUUAUCCAAAGAAUGUGGCGAGGAUACCACACUCGUAAUCUCAAUACAGAAGUACAAGCUAUAUUUAGAAAAAUCCAAGAUUCUCGUACCCAACAGUAUAUUGAAAAAUUAUCAAAUGAUAUGGAAGCAACUAGAGCUGCAUUAGAAAGUGAUCGCAAACUUCAGGUCUUGAAGAUGCAAGCAAUAAAUGCUAUUUGGAAGAAGGUGCUCUCAAUGCAGCCUGGUGGAAAAGAAGAUUCUAGUGGAGCUGGCGGCACUAGUCAGAAAUCGGAUACAGAAGCAAUAAGAGAAUUGACCCAGACAUGUUCAAUGUUGCAUUCCCAAGUUGAGCAGCUCCAAGGAUCUAUGCAGAGCAUGUUACAAUGCAUGUCUGUGUUGUGUCAAAUGCCGGGAAUAGCCACCGCUUCAAGUUCUUCUGCCUGCCCACCCACUCUGCAGCCAUCGGGAGGUGCAGUUGUUCCAGUUACUGUAGAACCUAGAGCUACUGCCACUCAGACCGACAUCAUAGCAGUUAUCACUCCCCAGGAAGAAACCAUUCCAUUUCCCUACCAACGAGGGGGAUCAACCAGAACAAGACCUUCAUCUCUUCCUAUUCCCCAACAUCGUGCUCCUCAUAGCCGGCCUAAUCCAGAGGCCCCAAAUGAAGUCCAGCAAUUUGCAACUAGUUUGGUGGAUGGGGUGCUUCGUACUGUUGCUGGAGAAGGAGAACCUGUUGAUAGUUGUGCAUCAGAUGCAGACACCAGUGCCCCUACAAUGGAAGAUAUUGCUAAUGGUUGUAUAACGUCUACAGAGCUAGAAGGAAAUCCUAUAGCUGAGCUUGGUGCUGCAGUAGACAGUUGUGGAAGCAAUGGUAACGUACCCACAGAAAAGGAAGAGGAGGUAGAUGGUGAGGAAGAGCAGAAGGAGGAAGAGGAGGAGAGGGGCGAGACAGGAGAAGAAAAGGUGACUUCUGGAAUGAAUGAAAGUAUGACACGAAGUGUUAUGUCUUUGGAAGAAAUCAGUUCCAAAGUUGUUGUAUGCAAAGAACCUUCUACGUCUGUUAAUCUACCAGUGCUUGAAGAAGUAUCUCCUAAUAACAAUCAGCAGCCUUUGCCUACUGAAAACGGUGUUUCACAGCCCUAAGAAUGGCUGCUGAUGCAUAAUUUUAUCGUUGUGGUAAACAAAGCCUAAAUAUUUUGCACAAGCCACUUUUGAAAUCUGCCAUCUUUACUGAUAGAUAUUUUUGAAUGCCUAUUGAAGCUACUUGGGUCAUGUGUUGCAAGGGACCAUUUGUUUGGCACGCAGAUGAUGUUGCAUGGUUUAAUUUGUUGUUCUCAGGUUAAUUGAAGUAUAGAUACAAUUUAGUUAGUUUUGUUAGAGUAAUUAGAAAGCUGUUCUUAUGUAUCGAGUAUUAUUACUCUUACAGAUAAUUUCUGUAUGUACCUGUAUAAACCAAAGCUAAUGCAUUUAUUCAAUGAUUUUUCAUUGAAACAAAAUAUUGUGUUAGAUAAUUUUUGAGAUGUAAGUUUGUAGUUACAGUACUUUUAUAAGUGAGUUUUUUUGCUUGUGGACUGACAAUGUAGGCCAGAAGCUUGCAAUACACUCAAUUUAUGUAGAAUAUUUGUUUGUCAUGUUGUACAUCUGAGAGCUGUGUUUUUUCCUUCCAGAAGUAAGUAUGAAUAAUUACACCAAUUUGAAGAGAGAGCUUGUGAUAUUUAAUUGUUAACUAAUUUGGCAGCUAAAGCAAAGUUAUAAAACAUUUUGCAAACUGCUCUGGGUAACUUCUUCAGUAUUAUUUGAUAAGUGUUUCAUAUAAUUUUUUUUGUUUCCUAGAUUUAACAUUUAAAAAUGGCAUCUUAAAUUUUCUUAAUAAUUACAGUACUUCUUUUGAUACUGUUUGGUGCAAUAAAUCCCAAUUGUUCGGAAUUUGCCUUUGGUUGUGAUCAUGCAGGCAUGACACUAAAUCAAUUUUGUGCAACAAAAGUUGCUUGUUUCAUGUUUUUGCUGCAUUUAAUCACACUUUUUUGAAUAAAAUUAUACACACUUUUUGUGCCUCCUACUUUUGUGUAUUAUUUGUGUGCAUUUUAUGGCAAAAGAACUUCAAAUUCAGUGUUAUUGCUGCAUUUGCAAGUUUUUAAGCGUAGAAACUGUACUUUUUAAUACAUAACGUGUUGUUGCUAACUUUGUGCAUCAAGAGCAUUCAUGCAACCCUAAUCUCCUUUAAACCUUAUUGUAUUUUGAGAUUUUAUUUUUUAUUAUAUGUAACUGCAACAGAGUCUGUAUAAUUAAAUGAACUACAUCUUAUGUGCUUCUGAAGGACAAGUCUCAUUACUGUCCUUUCUUCUGCUUCUUCAACUUGACAGUUUCAGAUACUCAUAAAUAUUUUGUCAAAUUUGUUUAUAUAUACUAUUUUCUUUUUUAACUAUUAGGUUUUUGUUACAAAUGUCUUUUUCCUAGUAGUGCUGUUUGUAAAGGUUGCUGUAUGUAAUUUAUUCGAGAUGAAUUUUGUAAACUGGAGUAUUGAAAAGUAUACACUAGAAAAACAUUGAGCAGUCAAGGGACAUUGAUCAAAUUUUGAGUAUUUAUUUGUUUAUACUGUAGAUGUUUUGUAAUUGUUUUGGAUUUCAAUGUUCUUGGUACUAAAUAUUUUUAAUAGAAUGAAAAAAUGAUAAUUUCUAUUGUUUCAAUUUCAUAUUUUGUACUAUCUUACUUAUUUCAUACCAGUGUUGUGAAGUAGUCUGUGUUAUCUAUGAGAUGUGUACACAAUUGCUAUGAAAUGUUGAGUGUUAUUCUGCAGGUUCUACAUGGUGGAAUGAAGUACAGCAACGAGAGUACCUAUUAAUCUUGAUCUCUCAAUUUCUGAAUUAAUGUUGCUUUUUAUUCUGACAAUCUGCACUUUGUCAUUAAACAUUGAAACUUUCCUCAAAUCACAAGGCAGUGAGUAGAUGAGCACAUCAGUUUUCAGCUUGUUUAUUUCAUUCUGUCCUGUGUAACCUGCAUAAAUUUUAUGGGAAUAAAAGCUGACAGUGCUUGCAGUACAAAUUAGGAGAUGUCACAGUAAAAUGGUUAUUGUGUCCAGAAUUCCUCUUUAGUUUCUGCUAGGCCUAGUUAUUCAAAAUGUAAAAUAUUGAAUAUGAGUAUUGAUGGUGCAAAUUUAUUGCUCAGUGCAAUGCUAUUUGUUAAUUAAACUCUACAUUAAUAAUGUAUAGCAGAUUAAGUUCCUAGUCAGUUUUUCCAUUUAGAUUUGUGUUAAUGGUUCUGUGAACAUUGUGAAGAAGUGCACUCUUUGCUUAUGAAUUUGCUAAUAAUAAAAGAACAUUGACAAAA